AUCUGGCCACACUGAAUCGGAGACGUAAGUUACGCAGACCCGUUUAUAACUAAAAAUUACAAUAAAUUUAAAAACCAUUUUGCUACUAGUAAAAUAAAUUUUAAUUUGAAACAAAUUAAGAUAAAAUUUUAAAUAUCAUGGGUUGUUUUUAUCUGAUGUUUUUUUUGAACUAACUACAUAUUAGUACAAGGCCAAGGUAACAAAAAACAAUAAAGAUAAGUGAAAAAAAAACACCUGAAAAACCGGCUACCAACUCAAAUGUGUUGCAAAACUCGGCUGUAAAUAGUAGUGUUGUAUGUAUUAUUUUCGUUUAUCUGUGCUUAAUUUUAAUUCUCAAUUCAUAUUCAUAACCUCACCAAAUUUAUAAUAUUUGGUUUAAAUACUGUGAUAUUAUAGUUAUUAAUUAUUCACUUAAAAAGUUUUUAUUGAAUCUUCAAAAUGUCUGAACCAACGACUAGAUCGAAUUUGCCUUUUAGUAAGACCAAUGAUCCAGAACAGGACAAGAAAUUGUUGGAGCCUUUCAGUUAUAUUCUUCAAGUUCCUGGAAAAAAUAUAAGGUCUAAACUAUCCAGUGCGUUUAAUUACUGGUUGCAUAUUCCUGAUGAGAAAUUGACUCAAAUCUCAGAUAUUGUCCAAAUAUUACAUAAUUCUAGUCUUUUAAUUGAUGAUAUCCAAGAUAAUUCAAUAUUAAGAAGAGGUAUUCCUGUGGCACAUUCAAUUUAUGGUGUUGCUAGUACUAUAAACAGUGCAAAUUAUACAUCUUUUAUUGCCUUAGAACGUGUAAAUGACUUGAACCAUCCUCAAGCAAUUUCGAUAGCUUUAGAGCAAAUUUUAGAACUAUACAGGGGUCAAGGAAUGGAAAUAUUUUGGCGGGACAAUUUUCAUUGUCCAAGUGAAGAGGAAUAUAAGCAAAUGGUGAUAAGAAAAACUGGUGGUCUUUUUAUGUUAGCUAUAAGAUUAAUGCAGCUUUUCAGUGAUAACAAACAGGAUUUUACAAUAAUUACUGGAAUUUUAGGUCUCAUAUUUCAAAUUAGAGAUGAUUAUAUUAAUCUAAUAUCUAAAGAUUACAUGCAGCACAAAAGUUACUGUGAAGAUUUAACAGAAGGAAAAUUUAGCUUUCCAAUAAUUCAUGCAAUUAGGAGUCAACCACAUGAACAACAAGUGAUUCACAUCCUUCGUCAGAGAACCAAAGAUACUGAAGUGAAAAAGUACUGCGUGUCCUUACUUGAAAAAUAUGGCAGUUUCGAACAUACCAGACAAACUUUAUUGAAAUUGCAAAAAGAUGCCAAAGAUGAAAUCGAGAAACUUGGAGGCAAUCCGUUUAUGGAAGAAUUUUUAAUUUCUCUAUCUAAAAUAUGAGCAUUAGCUUGUAAAGACAAAAAAUGCUUUUAUUUAUUUUUAUAUGUAUUAUUUAUCCAAAAUUUGUUAAAACAAUAUUUUGAUGGUCAAAAUAAAUGUAUUGAACUUU